UUUUCAGCGUGAGAUAUAUUCUCUCUUUUUUUCAUAUUGAUUCUGCGUUAAAAUGAAUCAUAGCAAAAGAAUUCAUCAUCACCACUAGGGUGAUUCCUGUUUUUUUCAUUGUAUUUAUUUAUUCACCAGCUACUCUUGUCUCGGAUUACCGAUUCAUUACAAGUGAUUCGGAUGUUUUUUUUUAAUUCAGUAAAUUUGACAAAUUUUCCUUGGAAAAAAGAUGCCGGAAUUGCAAGCCAUCGUUGAUUUCUCCAUACAGAUCAAUAAAUUUGUCAAUAUUGAUCUUUUUCAACGAGGAUUCUAUCAAAUUCGUUUAUCAUUAAAAUUACCCAAUUGUAAAUUGGUAAAUAAAAUUGAACUAAAUCAUCUGAAUCGAACAAAUCUAAACUAUCUUCGUGCAACGAAAAGUGAUUCAUCAUUUUCCAAUUUCAUACCUCACACUGAAUUUCCUCAUAAUAAUAAUGACGAAUCUAAUGGUAAUGUUGGAAUAUUAUUACCAUCAUGUAUAAUCAAUGGAAUGGCUACAUCGAAAACAUUUCAAAUUAAUUAUAAAAACGAAGAAAUAUUAUUAAAUGAUACGGUAUCAUAUCGUAUGAAUAUCUGUUUAGAUAUAAUGAAUUGUAUGGAACAAAUGCAAAAAACAAAUAUCGAAUUAAAUGUUGAAUUAUGGUAUUCAGAUCAAGAAUUUAUACUCAACCAAUAUGAUACAAUGAUCUGUGUAUCUACAAGACAAUUACGUAUUCAUUUUGAUCUAUGUCGUGGAAUACAUUAUUCGUUGCCUGUGAUAUUUGAUUAUUUCCAUCUUUCAGCAGUAACCAUUUCUUUACAUGGUUGUCUUGUUCAAUUGUGCCAACCAUAUAUUUCAUCAUCAUCAUCAUCAUCAUCGUCAUCAUCCCUAUUGACAUCAAAGAAUACCAAUUCAUUCACAUCGACAACAUCAACAAAUUGGUUAUCAAGUUUAUUGAAACAAUCAACGGAUGGAAUGAAUGGUAAAAAAAUCGAUAACAAUCAAUUCAUGUUACAAUUAUGGCGUAUUCAAUUGGCACAAUGGAAAUUGGUAUCGAUAAUGUCAUUAUCAUUAUUGAAUCUUAAACGUGCACUGGAUGAAUAUUAUCGAAUAUUAACACCUUGGCAUCAAGCAAAAAUCAAUUAUGACCGAUUGUUUGUAAAAGUUUCUCUUGACAAUUUCAGUGAAUUAUCCGGUGAUUGUUUUCGACAAAUACAAAAUCAUCUCAAUGAUGUUCAUAGUAAUUUAAAUGUAGAAAAUGUUAUGGAAGAAUUAUUUGCCAAAAAAUUUCCUGAAAAUAAUUUCCAUUCCUGUUUAACGGAUGGAUUGGAACGAAAAAAAUUGGAUGAUAUUAUCGACACAAUUGAACAUGAUGUUGCACAUCUUUGUGGAUUAACCAUUGAACAAUGGCAACGUUUCCUAAUGCUUGUACAGAAUUCUGAACGUAUCAAUCAACAUUUGGCCAAAUUACAUCAUUUUCAACGUAUCAGACGUUUUUCUGAAGGUUUUUUCCUGAUUGAACAUCCACGAAUGAAUCUUAAUGGCUCACUUUGCGAUCAAAAUUCAAAUUUAUUUCUAGAAUUAAGUGAUAAUCUAAGGAAAUCAUCAUAUUUUAUAAAUCUACCACCAUGUGAUGUUGAAUGUAUACAUUUGGAUGGUGAUUACAAUACAUUGCCAAUAAUAUUUGAAGAAAAAUUCCAAUACACCAAACAAUCAGAACCAAUAGUGUUGGAAAAUGGUGAUCAAAAAAAAUCCAUCAAAUCGGCUCAAUCACCAUCAAAAUUAUCAUUAUCAUCAUCAACCACAACAAUCAAAAAUUAUUCACAAUUAAGUAUGGAUUUUCAAAAUGAUAAAAUUUUCAAAAAGCCACUCACCAAUUCACCAUCAUCAUCGUCAUCGCAAAAUUCUAAUUCGGAAAUAUCAAAACCAUCUUCAUUGACAAUAGAAUCAUCGAAUAAUCAUUCAUGGCCAGAACUUUCACCCAAAACGAUCAUAUCAGAUGAGAAGGGAAUGAAAAAAGCAAGCAAUGAUAGUAAGAAAAAACAUCAUAAUCAUCAUCGAAAUAAAGAUUUGGAAAAUUCGACAAAAAUUUUAGACAUAUUUCCUUGUGUUAAUUAUCAGAAUUUUCCCGGUACAAUGUAUUUUCCAAAACCACCGAAAGAAUUUGCUAUGGAAGAAAUGAUUGAUGAACCGGUGGCUCAUGAAGUCUGUAUGAAACCAAUACCAACUGAUCAACAAGAGAAUAACAUCGAUGAUGAACAAUCAAAUAUGGAAUCCACCAGUAUCAAUCCAAAAAUUAUAAUCGAAGAUGUUUUCAGUAAUCAACUAAAUCAUCAUUCAAAAAUGAACAAUUCAUUAUCAUUCCAAGAUCUUACGAAAAUCAAAACAACAACAUCAACAGCAUCAACAACAAAUGAAUCUACAGUGGAUGAUAGCCUAGCUAAACAAAUUGUCGAUCUCAAAAAUUCAAACAAAAAUUUGUUAGAAUCAUCAAAAGAUGAUAUCUAUCUAAAAUCAAACAAUCUGAAUCAUACAAAAUUUACAUUCAUGGAAUUAUUACAAUCAGAUCAUUGUCUUAUAUGUUGUGGAUCGAUCGAUGCGAAACGAGCGAAUGAUUCAUGGCCAUGUAAAUGUAUUCGUACGCCCAUCAAUUGUGUUGUAACGAAAUCAUCGUCAUCAACCGCCACAGCAGAUCAUACAUCGACUGAGCCAAGAAAAGAUGAUCAACCGAAAUUAUCGAAAAAUAAUAAUGAUGAUGAUAAUCAAAAAACAUCAAUUACAACACCUCCACCAUUCCGUCGUGUAUCAUUGUUCGAUACGGAAUUCAUAUCGUUUCUUGGUGAAAAGGAAACAUUUCGUAACAGUAUUGCUCAUAAAGUUCAAGAUCUAAUGUUUUACAGUGAUUUCUCUACACUUGCAUCGCGCAUACCAUAUUUUCAAUGUGAUGCUGAUUUUAAAUCAUUCAAGGACCUGCAUUUGAUCGUUUGUGUACAUGGAUUAGAUGGAAAUAGUGCCGAUUUACGAUUAGUGAAAACUUAUCUGGAAAUAGGUUUACCAACAAAUAAUUUUGAAUUUCUAAUGUCACAACGAAAUCAAGGCGAAACAUUCGAUAGUCUAGAAACGCUUACAGAACGUUUGAUAAAUGAAAUUGAAAAUUUUAUAUCAACGUUGAAAUCAAAACCAUCGAAAAUUAGUUUUAUCGGUCAUUCAUUGGGCAACAUAAUCAUACGGGCAGCCAUUUCAAGAUCAGAUUUUUUGAAACGAUGGCGCAACAAGUUUCAUACUUUUCUAUCGCUUAGUGGUCCACAUCUAGGUUUAGCAUAUAAUCGAAGUGGACUUGUCAAUAUGGGUCUAUGGUUUAUUCAGAAAUUCAAGCGAGCACAAUCUUUGAAUCAACUUUCGAUGAAAGAUGCAACAGAUAUUAAACAAACAUUUCUAUAUCGUUUAAGCAAAAAACCUGGAAUAGAAUUCUUUCGUAAUAUUCUACUAUGUGGUUCUACACAGGAUUAUUAUGUUCCAAUUCAUUCGGCACAUAUUGAACUAUGUAAUGCAGCCAUCAAUGAUCAAUCUGAAUAUGGUAUUGCAUAUCGUGAAAUGACCGAUAACAUUAUACAACGUUUUAUGUCACGACCAGAAUUGAAUAUCAUACGUUAUGAUGUACAUCAUGCAUUGAAUAGUAAUACAAAUUCAUUGAUUGGUCGUGCCGCACAUAUUGCCGUACUUGAUUCUGAAUUGUUUAUAGAAAAAUUCAUGAUGGUAACCGGACUUGGAUAUUUUGUUUGAAAUUUUUGAUAUGAAUGAUAAAAAGCCUUAUUUAUUGUUCGAUUUUCAUGAUUUGAAUGAAUUAAAUUUAUGUUAUUAUGA